AUAUUAAAAGACAGUGAUACCAGUUAUCAAGAGAUUUUGUUUGAACGAGAGAGAUAAUUAAACAUUUUAUUCCCAGGUGGUGUCAGAGGUGAUGGUGUUAACUGGGCGGAGAAGGUGCAACCAUUAUUCAUUUUCUUUGAUUAUGGUUGGCACAUUUCAAGAAAAGAUGGAGCCGUAAGCUGUGAGAGAUGCUGAGGACUGUAUCUCCUGCAUGCAUCCCAUGGGUGUGAUCACAUGCACGGUCCCCAUGAACCCUUCCGGCGAUGUCAUUUACACACACAAGAAGUUCAAGCGGGCCACAUCUGAGGCCUGUGACAAUGCAGAACAGCAGCAGCAAAACGAAAGGGGUAAAAAGGGUGGGACAGAGGUUACCUCAGCAGGUGCCAGGACCCCCUCGACCACACCUCAAGCCUCUCCAGCAGGUGCCAGGCCCACCACUGCAGCACCUCAGUUUACCCCAACACUUGUCAAUGGACAUACAGUUGCUAGUGUAACUGGAAGUGUUGUUAAUCAGUUAUCAGUAGAGAAUGAUGAUAACAAAAGAAAAGUCAGUAAUAGUAGUGGUGGAAAGUACAAAUGUGAAUAUUGUGGAGUUGGAUGUGCCAAACCUUCUGUGCUUGAUAAGCACAAACGCACACACACCAAUGAGAGACCAUAUACCUGUGAACAGUGUAGUCUUGCUUUCAAGACUAAAAGCAAUUAUAAGAAGCACACUAGAUCUCGAACCCAUGUUCGGAAGUGUGAUGGUGUAGCUCUUGAUAAUAGUGAUGGAACUAUAGAGUCUAGUGAUAAUGUUGAUGGUGAUGUAGAAGAUGGCCCUAAGUCAGCUAAUAAAGAGGGGAGAGCUCAGCAGUUACAACCAGCUGAUCUCUCUGUAUCAAGAACCUCUAUAAGGGACCAGCUCCAAGACCUUCCAUCUGCUUCUGUGAGUACCCAUCAUGAUGAGUUGGGAACUCUUGAUCGAGGCAAAUCUUUGUACAAGCCAAAAUUUCAUAUUUCUGCUCAUUAUGCACACAGGGAGGAAAGAGGCCCUAAGGGCCAAACACCUCCACCAGCAAGACAACAGCCAACUCCACCUCAGGAUGCUCCUCAACUUGACCAUACUGCUAUCAAUCCUUCAACAUAUCAACCCCAUACUGCCUCCACCCAUGGCCAACCCAACCAGGUUGCACCCUCUAACCCUAGUCGUCACUCUCCAAGUCCAGCCAAUGUCUCAAAGCAAGGCCUACCGCCACUCGAUAUAUGGGCUGCAAAUAAAAAGGAUGAAGGUCAAAGAAAUUCAGUAGUAACACCACAAAGUGCAAAUUCUAUUUGGAAAGGAAUUAAGUCUCCAAGUCCAGAAUUAGUUGGGCAACACAUCACUAAGUUGAUUGUGGAAAACCAGGCCAUUGUGGAUACUCACAAUCCACUGUGGUCUAGACGUUACAGAAGGCAGCCCAGUAUAGGCUCAUCAUCAAGUGAGAGUGAUGGCUCAGGCACAAGCAAAAGCCGCCGGACUAGUCUUGCUGAUUUGACUAUUAAGAAUUCCAAGGCCCCAGCUGUUGGCUCUUCAUCAACGGCUCCUUCACCUGCUGGUCUAGGCCCAUUACAACAACAAUAUUCAAGAGAGAGAAGUCAUUCCGUCACUGCUGAGGCAAUGAUGGCUGAGCCAAGGUCUUCUUACAGCCCCAGUCUUCCACCCACCCCACACCUGCCUCUUGCUCAGCCUCCAGUCACCCCCAUCAGUGCUUCCAAACCUUCCAUAUCAUCACAAGGACAUACUACCUCUUACUCUCAGUCUGCUCCAGCCUUCACUACCUCUACAAUGGGCAUGAUGGACCUAACCAUGGUGGAGGGAUCACGCAAGAGGAGGAGUUCUGAGGGCCCCUCUGUGGUCAGAGAUAUACACAAGAGUCGGGUGACUCAUGUGGAUGAUCCAGCUAUUUUGCGUCAGCAUCCACAGAAUCCUGAAGGUUCAGUUAUAAAAAGUCUUCUCUUGCACUCUAGAGCUACCAUUGCAGGUACUAUUGAUCAGAAACUGGACAGGCUGGAAUGUGAAAGGCUAAACCAGCCUACAGAAGGACAUUACCAAUGCUCCAGAUGUGGCGUGCCUUGCCGCAGUCCAGAGAGUUUGGAGGUUCACCUUCGACAUUAUUGCGGACAGCGACUUGUGGGGACUGGAAGUGAGAGGGGCACACCAGAUUCUGUUAAGAGUGGAGAUGGGGGAAGAUGGCCCAGUGAACAAGAUGUAGCUUUAGAUUUGCAGAAAAAACCUGACCGAACUGAUCACUUUGAGAGAGAGAGAUCACUGUCAAGGGGAUCAUCAGUUGGAGAGUCCUCGCAGCGCCGAGGGUCAGAGGAAGAAAAUAGAUAUAGACCAGAAUUAUCUCCAAGGAUAUAUAGAAGUGAAUCUGCACCUGAAGGAGCAUCACCACCAACCAAAAAAAGAAAAAUGUCUGACAUUGAUUCAUCAUCUCAAGACAGGUCAAUAUUUCUCCCACCAAUUUUUUCCCCUCGUGGACAAGGGGCAAGCAAAGGGGAUGCAGGAAUGAAAAUUUUAGAAGAUAUGAAUAAACAAAAGACAAGCAAUCUCCAGCUUUUUGGUGGUGAGGUUCAGAUUUGUGAUGGCAAUGAACGAAAAACAAUGAGAAUAGACCCCAGCCAGCCACCGAGCCCUGCUAUUGAUAUCUGCAUUCCCCCACAGCAAUUAGGAGGUAACAUACCAAAGGCAGAAGUGUCACUUCCUACUUCAGUUGUGGUAACAAUUGCAAAGUCAGGCUUAAAUUCAGGGGGCACAAUGGUUCAAGUGGAGAGUCAGAUAAGUACUUCCUCAACCAAAACAGUACCAAGUCUUGUAAGCUCCUCCAUAUCACGUGAACAGCCAAGUGUUCCAACACAGACUCAAAGUAACUCAAAAGCACCGCUUUCCACCAUUGUAUAUAAUGAUGCUUUUUCUCCUCUUUUACGCUAUGCACCUCUACUACAACUACCAAACCUAGCUAUUCCAGGAAUUCCCACACCUGAUUUGGGUAGUUUAUCUUUCCCAACCUAUCCAGCUUCUGGCCCGGUACAGUCUUUUCUCUCAGCUAAAAAUUCACCAGCCCAGGGAAUGGUUGGGAAACAUAAAGUCAACACCAUUCAUUCACCUGCAGCUCCAUCUCCAUGCAAAUUGUCUCCAGGAGCAGGAAUAGCUGCAUCUGGACAGAUUCCUCCAGGAAAUAUAGGAAAUCCUCUUGGAAAUCAGCAAGUACAGGUAAUUAGAGAGAAAGAGAAAGAGCAGUUUAAAGGCAGUAGCAAAUCACCUGCUACAUAUCCUGCUCUCAUACCAAUAGGUGAUGAAAAAGUACCUUAUGUACCGGGGAUUCCUGGACCAUAUUCCCAGGCAGGCAUGGUAGUUCAGCCUCCCCUGCACAGAAUACAGAAAAAUCCUGCUGUGUUUGCACCCCCAAUAACUGCCUCAUCCUUUAGUCCCAUGGCACAAGCUCCAGUAACUUCCUUGUCACAACCUCCAGCCUUAAUGAGCCCCUCCAGGGAGAAGGGUCUCCAACCUCCAAGAUCCAAAGACUUUCCACGCAGUCCAGUGAGGGAACACCAGUCCUUUCAUGUGACAAAAGUCCCAUCUAGACAGUCCCCACAGUUACCACCAAAAGAAAUACAAAUAAGCAGAGGGAAAGCAUCGGUAAGUGUUUCCUUUAAAUCCUCUGAACGAAAUAUGACUCCUGAUGUCAGACUCCCAGGAGGAUCAGAGACAAAUGCUUUUGAUAAGAAAGCUAUAGAGAAAUCCUCAGUGGCACAUGAUGAAUCCAGAAAUGACACAGCAGGAAGAGAGGAAACAAAGGAUUGUGAGGAAUUCCUGCCACCAAGAAAACGUCCAAACUCACUGGCUUUAAAACCACAGCCUUAUGUACCUAACUCCUCACUUGCUUUGAUCGGCACAACUUUGGUAAGUCCGGAUACACCUCGGCCCAAGAAAAGUUGUGUGCAGAUGUUUUUGAAUGGAUCAGCAUAUACUUAUCUAGGGCACAAGGUUUCCACAAAGUCUUAUUUUUGCUGCAUAUCUAGGCAACAACCCAUGUAUGUACCUCAGUCCACUGAUCCUAAGCUUUCCAUGUAUUCCAACUGGCAGUUACGUAAACCAGCAGAGGACAAUCCUUUAAAUCUUACACCGUAUCAACACAUGAGCUUAUACAUCUCUCGAAAAGUUGACCAAACAUACUCUGUAGCCAAACCAAGAGAACUAAAUCUCAUUCAAACACACUCUUCAUACUGGACAUUUAAGGAAGAGAAAGAAAAAAAUAAAGCUAAGGAGGACAAACAUAAAGAAAAAGACCCAAAGGUAGUGAAGAAUGAAGACCCAGUGACAAGGACAAGUGAACCAAGUUCCAGUGAAGACAACAGGCCAGCAAUAAAACGUGAACCAGAGGAGGAAUGUGCUGAACCCUCCAGCAAGAGUAGUGAUGAUGCUGAGACCUCAGACAGCAGCACAGUCAAACGCAUCAAAAUAUUUGAGGGAGGAUUUAAAAGCUCUGAAGAUUAUACAUAUGUCAGAGGUCGCGGUCGAGGGAGAUAUGUUUGUGGAGUAUGUGAGAUUCGUUGUAAAAAGCCCUCUAUGUUAAAAAAGCAUAUCCGUACUCACACAGAUCUUCGCCCUUAUGCAUGCAGCCACUGCACAUUCAGUUUCAAAACCAAGGGCAACCUGACCAAACAUCUAAGGUCUAAGGCUCAUUAUAAACGGUGUAUGGAGAUGGGCAUUGUGCCUGUCCCAACUGUGGUUGAUGAGAGCCAUGUCAAUGAAGAGGCUUUGGCAAUGCAGGGCAAGAUGGAGCAAGAGCAAGAAAGAGUUUUAGAAGGUGGUGAUGACGAUGAUGAUGAUGACGAAGAGGAGGAAGAGGAUGAGGAAGAUGAUGGUGAUGAAGAUGAAGAUGAUGAUGAUGAAGCAUUAGAACAUGACCAGUUUGAAGAUGCAGAUAAAAUGGAUAUAGAUGAGAGUUGUACUAAGAGUGAAGCUGAGUUGAAAAGGGAGAUAAGAGAGAGCAAAGAAAACAUGGGCUUGGUUGGAAAUGCUUCAAGAUCUGGAGUAUUAGUCAUGGCCAUCUCAUCUUGUUCAAGCUCUUCCAGUCCAGUCUGUGCUCACAGCUCAAAAGAUGCCAAGUCUCAAAAACUGACUGAAAAUGCUGAAUCCCUCAGAGAUUCUCCCAUGGAUUUGAGUGUGAGGAAGACAGCUGUGCUUAAUCUCUCUCCGUCUCAGGAUAAAAACUUGGCCAUGAAAAAGCCUCCAGUCCCACGCAGACCAAGCUUUCUCCCACUGAUGGCCAAAUCUUCUGUGACUGACCUCAGAUCUCCAGUAGCAAAUCUGACAUCACCUGGCACUCCUACAACCCCUAUUAGAGAGCACCCCUCUGAAAUCUUAUCACCAGUUACUGAAUCAUCAACUCUCCUGAAGAGUAUAUACAAUACAACAUCAAGAGCAACUCAUGUAUCAAACAGGGAGAAGUUAGACAUUGUAAUUGAUCCAAGUAAAGAAAAUGGUUGCAACAAUUCAAUGCUGCAAGCAUACAUAAAGGAGUGUGCAGUUUUGGACACAACCAUCAAGAGACAGCAGUACAAAGACUCAUCAUCAGAUACGUCACCAGAUUCACCUCACAACAGUCUAAUCCCAAACCAUUCUGCAACAUCUGUAUCAACCGCAGGGGCAGAAAAUUCCAAUGAACAGCCCCAGAAACCAGAAAGCAUACAGAAUGAUAGAGGAACAUCACUGGAUGAGAUAAAAAGAGAAGGAAGAACUGAAAAUGAAAGCUUGGGAUUAAACUCUGAACAAAGUUGUACCUCUGAGCUGUCCUCUUCGAGUUGUGCAACAGCUGUCAACAGUACUCCCCAAGCAGCCACUUCACGCAUGCCAACCCCUCCUGCCAAUCUCACAGUCAUGAACAAUGGUGGAAUGGACACCAAGACUGCUUUCCUUGUACCCAGUGGUGUUGUUCCUUCAUCUCUGAACAGACUAGGGAACGAUGAUGGUAAGUGCAGGUGUAGCAUAUGCCACAAGGAAUUUAACCGUCCGUCCCAGCUAACUCUUCAUAUGAACAUUCAUUAUAUGGAGCGGCCUUACCGGUGUGAAUCUUGUGCCAUCUCAUUCAGAACCAAUGGGCAUCUUCAGAAGCAUAAAAGAUCUGUCAGUCAUUUUAAUAAGGUAAAUAGGAACAUGACCUUUGGGACCCCAAGCACAGAUAACCCACGACCUUUCAAGUGUCAUGAUUGCAAAAUUGCAUUCCGCAUUCAUGGUCAUUUAGCUAAACACCUCCGCUCAAAGAUGCACAUUAUGAAGCUAGAGUGUCUUGGAAAACUUCCUUUUGGCACUUAUGCAGAAAUAGAACGGUCUGGUGCUAAUCUUAAUGAAAUAGACACCACAGACUGUGAUAAUUCUUUGGAGAGUUUACAGGUUAUGGCGUCACGUCUCUACGAGAAAGACCCAAGCAAACUGGCCGCAUGGCAGAACCAACAGCAACACCGUGUCCGCACUGUCAGCAACUCCUCCACUAACUCUGAUGAUUAUCCUUUGCAAGAUGAUCAGGAUGAUUCUUUUGCUGGUUGUGGCAAUGAUGAUGAUACAGAGGGUGAUGAGGAUGAAGAAAUAAACAUGCCUCAGGAUGCUACGAGACUUGGUGUCCCAGGAUCCAGUGUAGGACAGAUUCCGGCUGAGUUACACAGUCCACACUCCCAUGGGAUACCGCCCAUUGAAAUAGGAUCUCAACAGCUAGCUCAUAUCCUAUUAAGGACACACACAUGUAGACUCUGUGAAGCCAAGUUUCCAAGUCACAGUCAGCUGAUGAGCCACAACCAGCGUCACCACGUGGCAAGCAAUGGGCCGGAUGUAAAGUCUUCGUAAUAUGCCUCAUCAGAAUCAAGACCUCAUUUCACCAGGGAAUUGGAACAUUGGAAAUCAUCUAGAAAAAUAUAAGAAGAAAAAAGGAAACAAGAAAACCUUGCAUAUGCUUUUCCUAGACUUAGCCCACUGAAGAAUCUGUUGAGUGUGACACUACUUUUACAUCAAGUGAUUAUCUUGGGUCUCAGUUGUGGCACUGACCAAAUUUCCUUGAGAGCCUCUGCAUAUGGCACUACUUCAAAGCAGCACAGUGUAUGGGAGACGGUCAAAUGUGUUACCAUAGGGGCACAUAUCUGACCUUAACUCCUUGGUGCUACCCAAAGAAUGAAGCACUUCGGAUACAUGCCUUAUAGCACUAAACCACAGUUUUCAUAUCCAGAGAUCAAAUAUCCAUGACACUUUGUGGCUUAUGUAAUCCAGAUAUGAAACUUAUUAAAGACAGAUUACAAAAGUUGAUAUUUUCUGUAAUUAAAGUAUUUAUCAGAUUAUAUUUAAAAGUUUAUCAGUGUACAUUGAACAAAGAAGUGUAAUGUUGCAAUGUGAGUACCAAAGGCAGUUUGAAAAUGUAAUGUGACCUAAGUGCAAUGACAUAUUUUGUGGGACAUUCAGAAAGCCAGCAUUUUGAAUACAGGCUUAGAGUGACAUUGAUGAGAACAGUUUUUUAAUGUGAAAUGUUCCUUGGAACCAGUAUGUAUUUUUGAUGUUUCAUAAGCUUUUCUCAUAAAUAAAGGCAGGAAGAUGUGAUCAUCUAAAUUUACUCAAAUGGAAGUGAAAGACUUGACUACAAAGACAGUAACUGGUUUUAGACAGUUGAUAUGAAUUUGCUUAUUGUUUUACUUGUUUAAAUGUGAGUAUAGGAGUGAAUGUGUUUCCCUAAAGCCUAUCACAGUUAAGACUGAUUUGGACUAGGCAUGUGAUAUUGUUAAUUGUGGCUACUGUCACAAGUCACCUACUGAGUAGUAUAUGAAGGAGAUUUUUGAAAUGAUAUUAAAAACCACCUCAUUAUGAGUGGUGGAUGGAUGUUACUCUGCCAAGACAAGUGAUGCUCAAGAGUGUGUGUGUUGGCUCAAGACCAGCCGUGUAUAAUGGCUUUUGUAUCUAGCAUUGUGGGUUGUAAUAGUACUUCCAGUCUGCAUAAAUUCUGCAGCUACUAAUUCUUUUUGUGAAGAUGGGUUGAAGAUAUUAUAUGUAUUUUUAUUGUAUAUUGUUUGUAUUCAAGGAUUUGUAUAGACACUGUGCCAAUAUCACUCACCUUUUGAUUUGAAGGGGGAAGGAAAUGUUUCUAUUUGGUAGCCAAUAGUCAGUUGUCUGCCAUGUGACUUUCCCAUGGGAGCUUAUUAUUGAUAGAUAGAUUUAAAUGUAACUUGUGGCAGCAGAUCUGUCAGUAAGCUUAUAAGCUUCACUGAUAGACCUGCUGGGUUGUUCAGUCUUUUUACUGGCCUGUAUUUUGUUACAGUGUACAGUACAAAACUGUGUAUGGCAUUUUAGUGUUUCCUGGCUGUAUAUUUGACAUUUCUUCUUUCUACUAUGUUAAUUAAAGAGUAUAUUUGAAUAGAAACUGUUAUCACUGUGAAGACUACCUGAUAGCCUUGAAAUUCAACUGAAGUACCAUAACCACACUUUACACUGCUCAAAAAUACAGACUAGACAGUCACUUCCUAACAAGUCUUCAUUGUGGCAAAACCUACCAACAAUCAUUUUAUAGAUAUGCUGACAAAAGCAACAGUUACUGGCUAGAAGACUCAGUCACCAUGCACUUUGCAUCAAAAUCAACAUUUAGGAUGAAUAUUUGAAAAAUCCGGUAAUUAGGUUAUUAGAGAAACUUGUAUUCAACACUGUGGUGACUAAGAUUUCAGCACAACUGAACUUGAGCACAAAUCAACUAGUUGACAAUCCUUUGUAUAGCUAUCUCAGGGGCACUGGUAGGGGUGGGGGCAUCCAGGAUAAGGCGAGAAUUUAAUAAUUAGGGAGCUGGUAAAGGGUUAAAUGUAAGGAAAUGUAAGUGACUGGAAAGUUGUGUUUCAUUUAUUUUUCAUUAUUAUUUUUUCUGGUCUUCCCUCUCUGGCUUGGGUUAUUUGUGUGCACUGGAUGAGCACUUUAAGAGGGAGAAUGGAGUAAUUGAUCAAAUGAAUAUACUUCUGUUGGCGA